CUUUUUUAUCUGUCCACUUCCUCAUCAGGGAAGGAACGGGUUACUUUGAACAAACCACCUUUUUUGUUUUUAUUAUUAUUUUGUUACUAUUAUAUUACUAGUUUCUUUUUUAUUUUAUUUUAUUUUUUUGUUCUUUGAAUGAACCCAUUUCAGGAUAAAGACUAUAUCCAAAAACCAGAUACGAUCGAUAUUCUUGUGUGCGAAAAGCCGAACCUACACCAUGUAUUUGAAGACGCUCCUCGUUCGCCCACCAUCGAUAUCACGCCGUGUUACUUCAAUCCGACCGAACUGUUAAGUCAGCCACCGUCACCGACAACGAUGCUCAGUGACACCUUGACAACGUUCUUAACCCCAUGUUCCAGUGCCAAAUCCACCAAGCAUGUGCUACUGAGCAGACUAGCGCAAAGUACGGUGGGCAGCAAUAUUCACACGGAGUUCCGAAAGUAUGCACUAGGCAAACCGCAUCUGCAGGAUGGUUACAAAAAUGACACAUUCGCAAGCUGCAAAAAACCGUCUCACAGCUAUGCAGCUCGGUUUCAGGAUGGGCUUCGUCGCAUCUUUAGUCAAUGUUCCACUGACAAAAUUACCGAAGCGCGAUGGCAUGCGUACCAAAAGCAAAUCAUGGUCGGUUGUUGCAACAAGAUUCCUUAUGAGCACAAAAGUCAACAGCAGCCACGUCUUCAUCGGUUAUUUGUAUUCGAUCAAACAGGGGUUCGGGAGCACCGGUUACGGUGGCGACGGCCGAGUCUUUUGUCCCAUGAUCGUAUAUGCGAAGUUGCAACAGAAGGUUCAGAGUGGAAAACCGUCCUCGAAAAUGAUGAUCAAGCCAUGGAUGGCCUUAUACGUAUCGGUACGCUUGCUAUUCACAACGAAUCCGAUUCUGAUUCUGGACAACCGCAAGUGCUGCAAGCCGAUCUCUUGCUCCCUCACUAUACCCUACUUCACUUGAUGAAAGACGUAGCGGAAAGAGCAAUCUCAAUAACAAAUAAUGAAGAUUCGAAUCAAUACUAGCCAAGGCCACACCUUUUUUUUUUUUUUUUUUCAUCUUUAAUUUUUUUUUUUUU